AUGAUCGUUCUCCCGUACCGCACCCGCUCUUGCGACGGACAAGAGUUCCGCCCAGCCCACGAGUACACCAUCAUGUUCAAGCUCGCUGGAGGGGACUACUACCACGUGCCUGCGACCCAAGCUCAGCAAAUCUGCCCGAGCCUCCAGACUACUAUCAAUCAGGCCGUUGAGGACGGAACAGCAAUGACCGACGUCUUCGAGGUGCCCCGUCUCCUCGAGCAGGACUGGAAGGACUGGUGGACCAUCCACGAUUACAUUGUCCAAGGCAAGUCUCACACAUCCCACCCCCAAAAGAAAAACACCCCAGAACGGCUGGAAAGGGGAGCUGGUCGUUUCGAGGGGGAAGGGAGCCAAGCAUCAGGAGCACGUCAUACAAACAAACAGGCAAGCAAGCAAGACAUCACAAAGGACCACCCGCUGACAGGACACCCCACAACAACAGGCUGUGAGCUCACCACCUACGAGCCCAUCUCCUCCUUCCUGACAGACGCCCGAGUCUACAUCCUAGCAACCCACCACGGCCUCCAAGCCGGCGCCGAGGCAGCCGCGGCCGCGACGCGCGACCGCGCUGCCGAGAUCCUCGACUGCAUCACCGACACGGAGAGCCUCUUCGACACGCGCGAGGCGCUGUCCCACCUCGAGUCGCUCGUGGCCGCCGCCCGGCUCGCGUGCGAAUGGGAGGGACCUGCUGCCGCUGGGGGGGCCCACACCACUGCGGGUCUCCACGCCGCGGUGGCCGCCGCGUGCGCCACGCUGGGCCCGCUGCUGGCCGAGCUGCCCGCGCUGUGGGACGCCGUCGCGGCUGAUGGUCGCUUUGCGGAGCUGUGGGAGGGCCUGGAGGAGGGUAGGCGCGCGGCUGGUGGGAUCUCGCCCGAGGUGAGGGAGAGGAUGCGGUGGGUUGUUGAGAGCCGUGGGGCGUGA